GUAUAUCUGCUAGCAGGCCUCGUUGGUUUCUGCCUAGUCGCUGCUCGUUUUAGAAGACGGCCGCGUUAUCCACCAGGCCCCAAGGGGCUACCAAUCAUCGGCAAUCUCUUCGAUGUACCCGUCGACUACCCCUGGUUGAAAUACAUAGAGCUCGGACAGCAAUAUGAGUCCGACCUCAUUCAUUUUGAGGUAUUCGGGUCGCACAUCGUGGUACUCAACAGCAUGAAGGCUACAAAAGAUCUUCUUGAGAAACGAUCAAAUAAAUACUCAAGCAGGCAACAGACGGUUAUGCUGCAUGAGCUGUACGUACCUCUUCUACUGUAGGAGUUGAUUGCUCCAGCCGAGCCGUAGAUCUGGCUGGCAUCGCAUGUGGAUUCUAAUGGAGUAUGGCGAUUAUUGGCGGAAACAUCGAAAGCUCUUCCAUCAGCACUUUCGCCCUUUGGCCGUUCCGCAAUAUCACUCGAGCCAAACGAAGGCAAUUCGCCGCCUGCUUCCGUCACUACUGGACUCCCCGGGAGAAUUUAUGGGGCAUAUCCGCUUUAUGGCUGGGGCUAUGAUACUCGACAUUGCGUAUGCUAUUAGUGUACGACCUGGCGAUCCUUUGAUCAAGCUCGUUGAAAAGGCAAUGCAUUCAGCGACGGAAAUUAUCGCUUCCGGUGUAUAUCUAGUGGACGUAAUUCCCAUCUUGAAACGCCUCCCGUCUUGGUUUCCGGGCGCCGGCUUCAAACGUCAGACCGCCAAGUGGAGACCCCUGGUUGACAGUAUGUUCGAGACCCCUUAUGGUCAGUUCAAGGAGUCGAUGCGAGAAGGCAAUGCAAAGCCUUGUUUCGCAGCCACCUUACUUUCCAGCGUGAAUAACAACGAAGAUGCGACAUACCUCGAUCAAAUAUUUAUGUCCUUGGCAGGAUCUGUAUACGGAGCCGGGUCCGAUACAACUAUAUCGACACUUACAACAUUUAUUCAAGCUAUUACCAUGUUCCCUGAGACACAGAUAUCAGCCUGUGCAGAACUUGAUCGAGUAUUGAGUAGAAAGCGCUUGCCCGAAAUAGAAGAUCAAGAUUCUCUUCCUUGCAUUACUGCCAUAGUCCACGAGGUUCUACGCUGGCAUCCCGUUGUGCCUCUUGCGGUUCCGCAUCAGACCAUUGCCGACGACGAAUACCGAGGGUACCAUAUCCCAGCUGGAACCGUCGUCAUUGGCAACACAUGGGCUAUACUCCAUGACGAGGAUGUCUUUCCAGAUCCUGAAGCAUUCAAGCCGGAGCGGUUCCUAAGGGAAGACGGAUCAUUGAGGGACGACAUGCCUUAUCCCGUCGAAGCAUUUGGUUAUGGUCGGCGAAUCUGUCCAGGACGCUAUUUCGCACACGAUCUUAUUUGGCUAGGUAUCGCAACCAUCCUUGCUGUCUUCAAGGUCGAGCGCGCAGUCGACGAGCACAGAAACGUCAUCGAGCCGAAAGGAGAGUUUACUCCCCGUUUUCUCAGUAUGCCAAAACCGUUCAAAUGCCGAUUUACUCCGCGGUUCCCUGAGGCUGAGACUCUGAUUCGUUCAGCUGCGCUAGCAGAUUGAGGGAUAUUUUCAGUUACACACGACGCUCCGCGAAUAUGUAUCUCGCUGUCUAGGAAUAAGCUACACCGUGUG